UCAGAGGAAGAGUUUUAGUUAUUUGUCUCAUCUCAAAACACACAUGAGAACUCAUACAGGAGAAAAGCCUUUUUCGUGUAAAGAAUGUGAUACAAGUUUUACUCGAAUAGAUAAUCUCAAAAGACACAUGAGAAUUCAUACAGUCAACAUGCCUUUUUCCUAUAAAGAAUGUGACAACAGCUUUGCUCAGAGUAUUACUCUUAAAAAACAAAUGAGAAAUCAUACAGGAGAAAAGCCUUUUUCUUGUAAAGAAUGUGAUAAAAGUUUUAGUCAUGUAUCUAGUCUCAAAACACACAUGAGAAUUCAUACAGGAGAAAAAACUUUUUCUUGUAAAGAAUGUGACAGAGGUUUUUGUCGUAUAUCUGAUCUCCAAAGUCACAUGAGAAUUCAUACAGGAGAAAAGCCUUUUUCUUGCAGAGAAUGUGAUAAAAGUUUUCGACAUAUAUCUGCCCUAAGAAGACACAUGGUAACUCAUACAGGAGAGAAGCCUUUUUCUUGUAAGGAAUGUGAUAAAAGUUUUAGUCAUGUAUCUAGUCUUAAAACACACAUGAGAACUCAUACAGGAGAAAAGCCUUUUUCUUGCAGAGAAUGUGAUAAAAGUUUUCGUCAUAUAUCUGCCUUAAAAACACACAUGAGAACUCAUACAGGAGAAAAGCCUUUUUCUUGUAAUGAAUGUGAUCAAAGUUUCAGUCAUGUACCUAGUCUCAAAAUACACAUAAUGAGAACUCAUACAGGAGAAAAGCCUUUUUCUUGUAAAGAAUGUAAAAAAAGUUUUAAUCAAAUAUGUACUCUCAAAACACACAUGAGAACUCACACAGGAGAAAAGCCUUUUUUUUGUAAAGAAUGUAAAAAAGGUUUUCGUGAUGCAUCUAAUCUCAAAAAACAUAUGAGAACUCACACAGGAGAAAAGCCUUUUUCUUGUAAAGAGUGUGACAAAAGUUAUAGUCAAAUGUCUCGUCUCAAAACACACAUGAGAACUCACACAGAAGAGAAGCCUUUUUUUGACUAAGUGUGACAAAAGUUUCAGUGGUGUAUCUAAUUCAGAAACACAUAAGAACUCACACAGGAGAAAACCCUUGUCUGUUUAAAGGGUUUUGUUUAUCUUUACUUUGGUAAGUCAGGAAAACUCAAUAGAGAACUCCAGCAGUAAAAGUCAUCAGGGCUUGACAAAAAAAGUGGGAAAUGAUAAAAAAGGAGCACUUGUCUUCUAUCAAAAA